AUGAUCGGUUUCCACAGUUUUUCUGAGGUGUCUUGUGGUGGGAUUACGAAAACAAUUAUGGAUGAAGUAGAGCAGCUUGCGUUUUUUGUGGAAUGGAAUGACCCGCAGUCAGGUUUAAGGAAAAAUUACAUCAUGUACUAUCAAGGAGACAACACCGUCGAGCUCGUGGAUCGGCAAACGAAAAGGAUUUUUUUGAAGCGUAUUCGAAUUCCUACAGUCAGCCUCGAUAAUCUGUUUGCCGGAAGCUUUAUUAUUGUGUAUUCUCGACAGCUUAAGAUUCUGGAGCCAGCCAAUGAUUACACACGAAAAAAACUUCAACAGCGUGAAGACAAAGCUGUCUUUGUCAUUACACCAGACGGAUACUCUCAGAUGGGACGUAUUAUCCAUCUCAUUGAACAGAGUGGCCUAUAUAUACGCAAUCUCCAAAUGGUGAAUCUACAAAAGUAUCAUAUUGCAAAGCUAGAGGCAUUAACGUCAGAGGUCGAAAAAGAACGACAGUGCUCUCUUUUAGAAGAUGUUUCGGUGUUAGUUGAAGUUCGACUUUCUGGACCAAAAGUGAUCGACGAUAUUAAACUGAAAUUAGUUGCCGCUGAUAUUGAUACAGUACUUGUUGCCAGGACUGAGCUCGAAAUUUUUUGUUCGGACGAGAGUGCAAGCGAUCCCUAUUUUAGCACUGCACUACUGAAUCAUUGCACUUUGUGUCUUAUCCGUCCGCGAAUUGUCCAAGAAGCUGGCACCGGCGAGAUUUUAGAUGCCAUUUUGACAGCAGGUUUUGAAAUAUCGGCGCUGAAGCUCGUGCAUUUGAGAAUGGACGAAGCCGAUGAGCUCUUUCAAAUUUAUAGAGGACUCAUGCGACAGUACCAUGAAAUGCUCAAGUACAUGUGCUCAUCCCCAUGUCUGGCACUCGAAGUUCGUGGUGAAGAUGUGGUGCACCGUUUUAGAGAUUUUUGCGGUCCAUUUGAUGUCCAGGUCGCAAAAAUUUUGCAGCCACAGAGCCUUCGAGCCAAGUACGGUCGCUCCAUCAUCUACAACGCUCUUCAUUGUACUGACUGUAACGAGGACGGCGUUCUCGAAUGUCAAUACAUUUUCAAAGCGCUCUCUUCGCAGUGA